UGUGUCGCUUGAGAGAAACCACCGGUCACUCUCACAUGCACUCCCGUAUUUGAUCAGAAACCUAACCUAGCUUCCAAGCUGCAUGAUAGGUGCGUGUAAUAUAAUUAUGUCGCAGAAUUAUCUGUACACUUUAUAUUAUGCGAUACAGCGAUGUAUAUAUACGUGUUAUAAAUAAUGUGUAUAGGUUUUUUGAGUUGCUUUGUAAAAACAACUCUUUCGAAGUAUAACAGACUCAAAAUACACUCGCGCUGAAUCGCGCCUGUUUGAAUCAUACACUACACCCCUUCAGAAGAGUUUUUAAAUGUCGAAAUCUGCAAGCUGGUAUCACACAAGUCGCCGUUCGUUAGAUGAAUAGAUUGGUUGUCGUUUGAUGGGAUAUCUGGAGUUUUCCGAAAAUCUGUUCAGAAAUUUUAGAGUUUUCAUUGACUUCUCUUUUUAAAAUAUUGGCAAUUUAAUUCAAAUUAAAUUUACCAUAAAAAGGACCACCUUUAGCCGACAUUUUUAUUUGAUUAUCUGACAAGUACUACUAUUUAGUUUAUUCAAGACUGCGACCAAAUGGUAAAAUAGGUCGCAUAAUAAUUAUACUUUUCGUAAUCAGUAAAAAUGUCUCAAAUUACGUAUGUGCUUUUUGAAAAAUAAAGACACAUCAAUGCAUACCUACCAUUAAGAUUAUAACUUUGCGUGUCCUCCGCACGAGGUCCUCAAAAUCAAUUCGGAAAUUGCUCGUCACUUCUAUCAACCCUUAAUUUAAAUUUGAAUUAAAACUUCCUUUUCUUAAAAAAAUGGUGCAUCAUUAUAAAAAUAUGUAAAUUAAAAACAAAAAAAAGGACAAGCAGAAGGACUUUCGAUAAGUAAUCAAGCAAGCGAUAAAAAAUGCGUGACUCUUCGAGAGGAUCGACAGAAAAUUAAAUCUUAAGUCUGAUGUAAAUCUAAACACAAGAUUGAUCGAAAAAUUGCAACGGUAACAUGAGGAGGACACCGAGCAAACGUGUCCUCGCAGGACCGUCACGCUUACUGCUGCAGAAACCGUACGGAUUCUGUUGCGAUGAGCAGGCUCAGGAUCCUGAGAAGGGCUACGAUCUGCGGAAUCCACCCUUUGCGUCCUCCUUAACGGACGUGGUUCUCGACGAGGGUGGACCCGGCGUGAAAUUCCGUGUCGAGGACAUCGGUCGGCCACCGUAUCCGAUUCAACGCAGAAUCCUGGAGAUCAAGGAUAAGGCUUACUUGGGACGUUGCAAGCAGUGCCGAGGUCCGUUGCGAUGGUACCUGGAGGACGAAAUUGCGCUCGGGCGCGAAGUUGUUGCUAAGAAGAGACGGGAUGAUUACAACGAGAGUGUAAAGAGGAACCUGAAGAUUGCUAAACAAAAAGCAAAAGAACGCCGAAGAAUUAAGCGCAUUAAAGGUCGGAAAUUGCAGAACAUUAUUCCAGAAUUAGAAAUUAUACAGAAUAAUCAAGAGUUGGAGAACUGAACUUGAAAGAAGCUCAGAUCUGUAUGUGUUCCUUGCAAGCAAAGUAGAAAGUUCUUAUAAUACCUAAAA